CUUUGGGGGCGGGACAAAGGAUGUAAGGAAGGAAGACCCAAUCAUUUUAGUUUAGUUUAGCUGUUACUUCUCAAACUUGAUUUAACAUAUGAAUACUACUGUUCUUCAUAGUUUUUAAAAAUGAAUAGUUUAAAUAUUAUACCGAAAUAAUAUCAUACCUAUAUUGUAUUUUUAUUGAUACUUAUAAAAUUAUUCAUAUAACAUAGCAUGAAACAAAUGUGUUUUUAUAUCUGUGUUACUUUUUUGCUGUGAAAAUAUACUAACUUCAUAAUAAGUAUUCAAUACAAACUUAUGUUUAAUCGCAAGAUUUGAUAUGGUUCAUUACACAGAUAAUAAAAACUUAUGGUUAAAAUUUAUGAAGUUCUUACAUUUUUAUAUAAAAAACAAAACCAUAUUAUUGCAGAAAAAAAUUAUAUUACAAUUAAUAAUAAUUUUUACUAUAUUAUUUACCUUAUUAAUAACUUUGGAAAAGCCAUGGAAUAAUUUGAGUGAAGAAAAUAAUGAAGUAGAAGCAUACAGCAUUGCAAAAGAUAUACAGCAAUAUACAGAACAAUAUGAUCAAAAGCUUGAGAAAAUUAUUGUUAGUAAUUUAGAUAUAGUUUUAUCGUCUACAGAACUGACUAAUAAGAGAAUAGAAUUAAAUGGAAGAAGACAAAAAAUAAAGAAUAUGUGUAAAAAUUAUACUGAUAAAGAGUUACAACAAAAUAGAAAUUUUCCUAAUAUAAUUAUUGAUACAAAACAUGGUAUAUCAUGGUGUCCUAUAUAUAAGGUGGGUAGUUCAACCUGGAUGAAGAAUUUUGCAAUACUUGCAGGUAUCUUAACAGAUACAACCAUGAAUUUAAUUCAUCAAAAUGCAAUUCAAAUGAAUACUAUUGUUAAACAAGCAUUUCCUUCCGAUUUAAAUCUAAAUAAAACACUUAAGAAAUUACGUGCUACUAAAAAAUUUUUAAUUGUACGACAUCCUUUCGAGCGUCUCUUGUCUGCAUAUAGAGAUAAGUUGGAGCAUAUGAAUGGAAGGGAAUAUUAUUAUAAACGAUUUGGACGGCACAUUACACAUAAAUAUCGUAAACACAAAAAUUCAACUAGAACCAAACUAGAACCUACAUUUGAAGAAUUUUUAGAAUUUAUUGUGCAUGAAAAGUAUUUUGAUGAACACUGGGCUCCAUAUUAUGAUACUUGCAAACCAUGCAUGAUUCAUUAUGAUUAUAUUCUCAAAUUUGAAACUUUUCAAGAAGAUCAUCGCUUUUUCAUGCAAGAGACUGGAUUAAAAUACUAUUUAUACAAAAAGAGUGGCUUUAAAAAUAUUAAUCCAUAUGGUCGCACGACUAGCAAUUUGUUGAGAAAAUAUUUAGAAAAUAUACCAAAAUUACUCCUUCAGAAAAUAUAUAAAAUUUAUGAGAAAGAUUUUAAAUUAUUUUCUUACUUUCCAGAUUUAUAUUAAGUUAUAUUAAAUAUGUAUAUAAGGGUUAAUAUUUUUUUGUAAUAAAUUAUACUCAACAAACUUACUUGUCCAAAUAGGUGCAUCGUGUAAUAUGACAAUAAUGUAUAACUGUAAUACAAGUUGUGGUGCUGCUCCCAUGAAAGACUUAAAUAAUUGUAACAUGCAAAUAUCACUCUCUUUUCUAUAUA